AUGGAGGAAGGGCGGAGUUUCCAUUGGUGGCCGUUUUGCUGUCUGUGCCUUUUUGACUUCUGCGAUGGGGACAGGGUGAUAAGAUCUGGCCAUCCUUCUGAAUCGGGUUCUAGGGCACCAGCAACGGUUGAAUUCGACUACGAAACAUUGAUCUUCAAUCCGGAAAACCCCCAGUAUAUUUCACCACGCCAAUGGGGGAGAACCAGGACCUGUGUUCUUGCUGCACACCUAGACUGCAUGAGAAGAUUUCCUCCUUUUGACAAGCACGUUGUAUUGAACCUCCUACACCAUGAUUUCCCACCCUCGGAUUCCCGAAAACGGGAAAGAAUGCUGGUUCUUCGACAGUGUUGCCUUGAUAUUUCGGGGGAGCAUGCCGAUAUCACAUUGGACGCUCUUCAAGAACAGGCUCGAAUAGGCGUGAGGGACUUAAUUCGUGCACCAAACCUGGUAAAUAUCCUUUCUAGCAAAAAGGCAAGAUAUUUACACUUCGUGGUCGAUCCAUCAAAACCCAUUUGGGGAAUAUCGACCACGUUCGAAAAUGCUCGCUACCUUCAAGGCCUUUCAAACAAGGCUGGCAAGGACGCAUUCCUGGUAGUCUCCGAGCCGCAGAAACUCUCGAGCGGAGUCUAUCUCGCUUCAGAUCACCUUGGAGUCAGGGCAAUCUCCUUUGGUGAGACCGAUGUGACACAGAGCUGCCACUAUGAGCAACCAGGAAUUUGGUGGACUUUCCAAAACACCAACAAGUCGGAGCGAUACUUUUUGAAAUGGUACAGUGAUGGCUUUAAAAUGCGCGACUUGCACAUGGUGAGAUUGCAAGAAAACGUUCUGGGUCCGCUGGCAAGGUGGUCGCUGCUACCGCCAAAUCCGGAAGCCAUCUGGUACCUACAUCUCGGUGACAGGUCCGGUGGUCGACACUAUUUCAAGGUUUUGGAGUGUGAAAGCCCUGAGAUUACCGGCUAUUCAGCAUGCCUGCUUGACGAAGACCUGUUUUACUUGCAUGGUCAUCGUGAGGGCGAGGACUUUUCAUUCUAUAGUGAAGGCCGGGGAGAACGACUACACGCAGUGUGGCUAUAUUUUCCAGUCGAGAAGCACGAGCGGAUCGUCGAAGUCUGGCGCCUGAGGAGAAGGCCGACAUUCUGGCGCGAUAUCCUUCUGCCAAAUGCCAUUUUCGAACGUGUGGCCUUAUUGACCGCCCAGCCUUCUCGUCUGUGGUUCAGUUCUCAGGGAGACGGCGUCGACUGUCUUGCAUUCGAUUGUGAGGACAAACGCCACGACAAGACUGAAGCUCCGCCAUUUUUUCACGACCCAUCUACAUGGUCCUCAAGGGUGAGUGUCCAGCAGGUUUUUAACAAGUCGGUUAGACUGGGAGGUGUGACUGGACUCGUGCCCUGCAGAACUUGGAUCCCAGGAUCUACUGGGAUUGUCGGUCUCAUUUUUACCUAUUCCGAUGGCUCGAGGGAGUCGGUAGGACAAGUCCGUCUUGAUCAUCUCCUUCCACCCAUCGAAGUUGAUCCGGCCGGGGAGAUGUGGAUAGGGGCCAGACUGCUUCAACCUAGCGGUGCAGUCGUUGAGUCGAUGAGAGUGAUUCCGUCCACUGGCCAAACCUUCCAUGGUGGAAACCCUUCCCAGGAAGGACUGACCUGGUUGAGGAUACUUUGGCGCGGUCGAUUAGACUGGAACUUUCUGUACAGCAAAUGCUUCAUCAAUGUCAGCGAUCAGGCCAAUGCAAAUCAGGAUAUGAACAUUGAUAUGUUGCUGGAGAGCUGGGCUGGGAGAGAAUGGGAGAAAGAGCAAAUAUCGGAGCAGCUUGCUGUGCGUGCCCGUUGA